GCCACACAACGAGUUUGUUUGUUUUUUGAUCUGGUUUUGAACUCCUCGCUUUGGAUUGGAUUUCCGAUUCCCCGGUCCGGCCUGAUCCGAAUCCGAGUCCGUGAAGAUGCGACUGUGCCCGCUGGCCAUACUCCUGCUCGGCUGCCUGCACGCCCUGCUGGCCUGCAACCACUGGGUGCUGCGCGAGGAGCAGAUCAUGCCGAAACUGGACUCGCCCUUCCACAUGCGCGAGCCGCACAAUUUGGCGGCCUUUCUGGAGCAGAUCCGGUACAGUGAGUACGUGGAGCGUUCGUAUCUCGACCUGUUGCGGAAGCGGGAGCAGAUUGUGGAGCAUCUGCGAUUCUCCAUGCGUUUUGGUGAGGACCUGGCCGAGCAGGCUAAGUGCGCCAUGGACUACUACAUGCUGGAGAAGCGUAUGUCCUAUCUGAAGAUCACCCCCGAGCAGCUGAAGCGUAUCAAUCUACCAGACCAGCGGGAGCUGCACAUCCAGCAGAGCACCUCGACGACGGUAGGCAAGGAGCCGGUGUGCAGUGAUUAUCACCGCAUGACCGUCGGUCCGGCCAUGUACGAUCACCUGGAGAGCUUCCGGCCGGAGGUAUUGGCCGCCGCUUAUGUGGAUCGAGAACAUGACACCAAUGUGGGCACGGCCACCGUUGAGCUGACCCGCCGCUUUGCGGUGGACGGGCUGAAGCAUCAUCCGUCGUCGUGGAAGUUUCACACUCUGAGCUCCUACUACUGGCGGAUGCGGGGCAAUGCAAGAGAGGCCCUACUCUGCGCUCGUUUGGCCGCCCUGCUGGCUCCGCCUAUCUUCAAGGACAUACCGCUGCUAAGCUUGGGAACCAUACUCUUCCGGAUGGGGCGACUGGCCGAUGCGGACCUCAUACUGACCGCAGCCGUUGAGCAUGCUCCGAUGGUGGCCGAGAACCACGUGGUGCUCGCCUCUGCGCUGGCCAUGAAGCAUGACUUUAACCGCUCGUUGCAACACUUCGACGAGGCGGAACGACUUGAUCCCAGCACGCUGCCACGCACGCAGCAGGUGCGAAACUUCAUCAGCUGUUUGGAGAAUCUCACCAAGAAGACCUCCAAGAUGUACAGCUACGUGAAGUACAUGAAGAACGAGGUGAAGGAGUUCAAGAAGUUGAAGCAUCACAUCUCACAGAGCCACGAGCGCCUGAUCCAGCAGCAGUUGCCGCUGGGAGCACGCCGCCUGCUUGGACUCGAUCCGCAGAACGGCAACGAUGACCUCCAUCGGCGUGGCCAGUACUGCAGCACCAGGACGCCCAGCGGAUCCGAUGAGCCGGUGCUCUUCUGCGACUUUUACUCGGACAUGCAGAUGCGGCUGGAGAGCAAGGAUGUGGACAUUGAUGUGCUGGAGCGGGACCUCAAGGCCAAUACGGAUGCGGUCAUCCGGCAGGUGUCCAGCGAGAUACGCAAACAGUUCAACCUGGAGCAGCUAAAGGCCGCCAAGGCCCAGAUGCCAGCCAAGGCUGUCAAGGCAACGUAAGCUCAUGUAACCUAGGUGAACUGGCACAUUCCCCAAAAACUUAAGAUGAACACUUCGGGUCACAAAUAAGCUUUUAUUUUUAAUCUGUUUAUAGUUCUUAAGGUCUGUCAGCGAGCGAUGUGUGCGUGCAAGUAUGUGUGUAUAUAUAUUAACCGAGUUACCAUAUAAGUCUUCAGGAAUAGCUUAAUCGGACCUAGUUUUAGGCUAAGCUGUGAAAAAGUAAGGGAUGUUAGGCCGGUUGCUAGUUGAAGAUACUGAUUUCCCAAGUUCCAUUAACUAAUUUAAUGUUUAUGUUUCGAUUUCCUAUUUACAAAUCUUUUUAUUUAACAACAUAAACUUUAGUUAUGUCUGAAAAAAUUACAAUUGCUAAGAUCAGAUAUGUAUUCUUGAAUUAAAUUCAACUUUAAACUUUAAUCAAAACAGCAAUCGGUCUAAAAUAGUCAAAAUACUUGUUUUAAUCUGUAAACUAAUCUGGAAACGCAACUAAAUUAGUUGUGUGUUUUCCAGUAAAAUGGCACUGUGUUUCGCUUCUUCCCAAUCCCAAAUCCGUAGAGUCGUAUUACAGAUAUAUACAAAAUAACUUUAGUUUUUAACAAUUAACGAUACACAUCUGUUCUGUUUCUUAUUUGUUAACAAAUCUAUAAUUAAUAAAUAAUAAGAACAGCCAA